CAGGUUGGCAGGUCUUGCAUCUAAGUGCAAAACAGCAGGAAGAAUGAACACGUCCUACUGAAAGCUGCUCUGUAGUACGUCAAGGUGGCCCUAGAGACCAAAAAUAUCCAUUUCUUUCCCAGCCACACAGCAUGGUUGCUAAAUAUGGCUAUCUAGAAAACAAUAUAUUUAAAGCAAAAAAAAGCAGCCAGUAAACAUGGUGCAGCCUUCCCACAUGGGAAGUAAUAUUAAGACUGUGGUUAAAAGAUGUUAGUGACUCCAAACUGGAAACAUCACUAGGCAGCAGAUGACUGUAAACGACAAAGCAAGUUAAGUUCCCCAGCACUAGAGAAUUCCUCAGUGAUAAAGAAGAUCUGGGAUAUUUUUUUUCUCACUUUCUACUUGAGGAUGGGCAGUUUUCCAGCCCUGCUGCUCUUGCUGGCACUACCAGGAUCGUGCAUGCCAGGAGAGGACACGCACAUGUUUCUGCAAGUAGAGGGAGACACCUUCAGAGCUAACUGUUCGUAUGAUGUGCACAAGCAUUUACAUAAGAAGAAAUUCUGGUGCAAGGAGCAACCAGAAAAAUAUUGUCCAGGCUUACCCUUGAGAUUCCCUUCAGAAGAAGGGCUUAAUCCUCACCGUGCACAGUAUCGUCCUGUUCAGCUGAAAGACUUUGGAGGCGGCUGGUUUUCUGUUAGCAUGGCAGCACUUCGACGAGAGGAUUCUGGCACAUACCAGUGUGGAGUCUGGGUAGAUCUGAAGCAAAUUUUGCUGCAAAGAAUACAGAUGGUGGUUUCACCUACGGAACCUGUAAUAAUAUUUGCAAAAAAAGGGAAAUCCCUGUUCCUUCAUUGCUCCUAUUCUGUGACAAUCAACGUCGGGAAGCUUCAACAUUUUCUGUGGUGCAAAAUGGUGUCCCGAGUUACAUGUCAACCUAUUAUCAGAGCUAACACUGAUCAAAGUAUCAUUAAAGUAGGAAGGACUAAAAUGACGAAUGACUUCUCAUGGAAAAUGAUUAGAGUGUGGCUGAAAAAUCUCCAACUUAAUGACUCAGGAGAAUACCAUCUCGAGAGCCAUUUCCAGGGGAGAAACAAACUGCUGAAGAGGAUCAUGCUGGAAGUUUUGGGGGAAAAACAGGAACUGGAUGCCAGCCCCACAGAUGCCAGCAAAAAGCACAAGAGGACUCUUUAUGCUGUCAUGGUGCUGAGUUCCAUCCUGGCUACAACUGCCCUGAUUGCUAUUGUUACACUCCUUGCCACCAGCUACAUCAGAAGGAAAAGAGCAGGAAAAGAGAUGGACUUUGGCAGACAUCCUGAUUUCAGAAAAGGAGUGCAGCAGAAGGAUGGAAGAAAAAAUACGAAUAGAAGUUCAAAUGGGGAUAAGAAUGACUGCACAACAUAUGCUGUCUUAAGGCACCAAACUCAACCAGAGCCUGAAGAUGUUACAUAUGUCAACGUGCAGCCUUCACCAAAAGUUUUAUUCCACCUUGAAGAACCAUCAGGGAACUCAGCUUUCUCAGGACCUGUAGAAUACGCUACUGUUUUCUUCAGAGCCACAGCUCCACAUUCUGGAACUGAGAAAGAGAAAAACAGGUCCACCUAAACGAAGCAGCACAAAGCCUUGGGUUUAUUCACAGAAUUUUGCUGAACCGGGCUUAGAAAUGAUCCAUUUGUAACCGGUUGCUGAAGCUGGGUACACACGGGAUUGCUCAGUUGAAAGCUGCUGAAAGGAUGAGACACAUGGAUGCACAAACCUUCCCUGAAAAAAUAACCACACUUUUCCAGUAGUGCAGCAUCACGAUUCAGCUAUUAGUAAGCAAAUGUAGUGGAAAGCUGUAGUAUAUUUUCUUUGUCUAAAUUGCUCUAUUUUUAAACAAUGAAUGACUCUAAACCCAAAUACAGGAAACAGAUUCUCUCAUGGCAACAGAUCCAGUGCCACAGCCAGCAAUGGGCUUUGAGAUACGGGAGCAUGACACUUCCUUCUAGAGUUUUAACUUCAACAACUCACAUAAAUAGUUGCAUAUAAAAUGUUAAUUACUGCCCAUGCUUAUAAGGUCCAAAUCAGCAAAGUGGUAAAGCAUCUGAUGAAUUUUACAGAUUACACAUAUUUUGAUCAAGUUACUGAAUUCUGAUAUCAUAGUGAUAUGUACAAACAUCCACUAUGGAUUAUGGAUAAAUCCCAAAAUUCAGCUAAGAUUCUCAUCUUAAUCCCAUGAGUUGGGCCCAGAGGUGCUGAAUAUGAUAUAAAAAUGGCUUUAAUUUGUUGAUAUUAAGAUUGGAAGAAGCACCAGCUUAGGUACUGCGUGGCAUGGAAAAAAAGGAAUGUGGAAAGGCAGAGAUGUCCAUGAAUCAUAUCAUGUAAAUGUAAACUUCAUCUUGCCUGUGGGUUCUUGUCCAGUUCUGAGGACAGAGAGAUGGAGAGAAGAGAGGGGAGAGAAGAAGGAACUUCUGUUGCCUGGUCUGAUGUGGCUACAGGACAUCAGGCUCUUUACAACUGUAUCUGAGAUUAUUUUGUCUCUCUAUUGCAAAUUAUCUAAAAAAUAAAAUUAAAAUAACAUAAAAUAAUAGCUAACAAAAUCAUUUUUUUUUCCUUCCUAAACAGGCUUAGAUGAUUGCAUUCUUCACUUCCUAUACUGACUUCCUGUUUUCUCUUCUCGCUAAGUUAUUUCUUUUUUUCUUCCUUCUUCCUCACCACUGCCUUCACUAACUGCCUAAUGAGUUACUGACUGACUACCCUUAUCAUUUGGGUCAUUUCUGAGACAGCAAAAGCAUUUGUGUGGGCACCAUACCAUUAAGGUCUGAAUUAUACACACCGUGAAAGACAAAUAAUUAAUAUAAUAAGCUUCAAUAUAUAAAUUCUAUUCCUUAUUUAACGUCUUCGAUUCUUUGAAUGCAAUUAAACUUUUUAUGCAUAAAUUCUUCACCUAGGCAAUGAAUAAAGGCCCUGAAGGCCUCAGAUCUUAAAAACAUAGAAGUUAAAUAACUAAGUCAUGAUAGCAAGGCUUAUUGGUACACACUUCUGGUCUACAAAGCCGUAGAUAAUCUGAUAUCAUAUGGUGAAAUUGAGGGUAUUUCUAGGUAUAGUUUAUCUCUACAGAUUGCACCAGUCCUCUGUCAUGAAACACAAAUACGUAACUGGCUGUUUUAAAACAAAGACACAAGAAAUAUUCACAAAUCUUUCCAAAUUUGUAACAUCUUACAGGUGUAAAUGAAGGAGACUUGCUAGUAACUUGACCUGCCUACAACAAAGGCAGCAUUGUUGGAACAGCUAAUUUAGGUUGGCACAUUUGGUAGUUAUGUUAGUUAGCAUCAGCAGCACACUAAUCCACUUCUGCUAGUCAGCUGUUGAAUUCAGGAGCACUCUGAGUUGUGUACAAGCAGCCUCUGGACAUCUGGGACAUUACAAACCUGAAUGCGUCUUCAAAUAAGCCUGCCAGAAAGCAUCUACUGCAGUGAACCGGCUCUGUAUUAGCUGCUGAAUAGUGAUGUAGAGUUGCACGUGGCUAGUGUCUCUCAUAUCCUCCCAGCUUAUCUUUCAUUUGACAGCAGCAGGAAAUAAAUUUGCAACAUUCUAGGAACUGGGCAUAUGAGAUAGGUAGGGCACAGUGGACAGGAUGUAAAAGGACAGGAGUUUUUUUCUAAGACUGACGCUAUCAGUCAAUACUUUCCACUCCAGUGCCUCCAGACAUCGCCUCUGUCCUUUUCCAGGAGGUCUAGCUAAAACUCUUACCAAAUCUACACAUUCUCUGCAGCCUAUCCUGAAAUAUUUGUUUCUUCUUUGUCCACUUCAACAGCAGUAAACACUAAGGGGACUGUUUUCAUCUCGAAUAGGUAGUAAAAGUAUAUCCAUGUGACUAACGGCUAGGCAGCUUCAUCUGCUCACUGCAAAGGGCUCUUGCCCUAAGUGGACUAUCAGAACAGAGCAAUCAUAUAAUAAAUUAUACUCUAGAGAUUCUGCUACAGUCAUCAUAGUACGAUGCCACCUAAGUGCCUUCCAGCAGCAGUUUUGCGAAUUGAGUAAAAUUUGCCAUAUGCAUGAGAAACCACAGAGAUUUGAGCAAAAGACAUGAAAAGCAUAAUGUUUUAUUAGCUACUAGAUAAACCAUCCAGUUCUGCUCCACAUCCUGAAAGACCCACAGAUAAAUAAAUAAAUAAAUUCAUAAAUAAAUAAAAAAUAAAAAUAAAUGGGAAAGCAAACUGAAUUUUGUAUUAUAUUGCUUGGGUGCAAAAAUAGAGAAAUCAAGGAGUUUCCUGCUAGACAAAUUUAAGUUGGCUCCUUCAUACUUUUCCUUUUCCUCUGGAAAUCAUGGAAACACAAGAACACUUUUGGAACGUUUGUCUCUAGCUCCUCAAAAUACAAGGAAUCAGCAAUGUGUUCUUGCAUGAGAAACCUAAAGAACAGAGAAAAUCCAACACUUAACCACUUCAAGUUAGUCGUACAAAGUUUUAUUCAUUCUAUUCACUCUAGAAUACCUGUUAGAUUGUUCUCUACUUCAUGCCUUACUUCUCUCUCAUCCCCAGCAACUGCAAAAUAUAGAAUACCAGAAAGGAAAGAUAAGCAACAAAAAACAGGAUCCUGGCAACCAUGAUUAGCCCAAGAUUAGCAGAUAUAGGAACUUCUCUCCAAAGCGAGAGACUGCUUUAAAUUAGUCUGCUCCUGUUCUUGUUAGGAAACUGAAAAGAAUUUCAAAUUAAGAAUAAAGCAAAAAGCUGUAAAAAUCAAUAUCUGAGUGGCUUUGUAAUCAGAUAACCUAUUACGU